AUGGAGCUGAAGCAGUUGAGGUUCAUCUUUUCCGUCAACCAAGGCUACUCUGUUCAUGUUACGUACGGCUGGCUGAUCACUGAUGGCCCUCGCAUGCACGACAUGGAACUCAUUAUUCAAGCUUACAUGAGUAACAAAAACUUUAUCCAUCUACUGUGGAGAAACAACAAUGUGCUACGCCAUGUACUACCACAAAAUACAGAGCGCAGUGGACGGAAUGUCUUGAUUCUCGCCAAUUCUUUUGACCAAGACACUCACUACCUUUACUCAAUAUUGGGGGGGAUCACUCUGUUCAAGCCACUGUCUAGUUCGUUGAAACUAGGUUCACAACCAGAGCCGACCAGCGGGGAGAUGCGCCCACGACUAGGGCAGCCCGAUAAACAAUCGCCCAGACUCUCGAAGAUCCCACCAUCAUAA